UUUGGCGCAGCCUUUUGGAGCUCGAGGGCUGUCUCCGCAAUGAUGUGAUGACUGCGCGUGCCACCAAAAGGGAUCGCCUGCCGAGGUACUACAAGGAUGCAUUGGCCAAGAAGCAGAAAGAGUUCUGGGAUUAUGAGAAGCUGAUUGUGAAGUGGGGGAAGCUAGAUGACUACGAGGUGACGCAGAAGAUCGGACGGGGCAAGUACAGUGAAGUGUUCACUGGCAUCCACUGCCCCACGAACAAGAAGUGCGUUAUUAAGAUCCUCAAGCCCGUAAAGAAGAAAAAGAUCAAGCGUGAGAUCAAGAUUCUGCAGAACGUGAGCGAAGGGCCCAAUGUUGUGAAGCUGCUCGAUGUGCUGCGGGACCCGCUCACCAAGACACCCUGCCUGGUCUUCGAGCACAUCAACAAUACCGACUGGAAGACACUCUAUCCAAAGCUAGCCCUCUCCGACAUCAAGUUCUAUCUUUACCAGGUCUUGAAGGCUCUGGAUUACAGCCACUCGCAGGGCAUCAUGCACCGCGACGUGAAGCCUCACAAUGUGAUGAUUGACCACGAGAAGCGGGAGGUGCGGCUUAUUGACUGGGGCCUAGCUGAGUUCUAUCACCCACUUACCGAGUACAACGUGAGGGUCGCAUCUCGACACUACAAGGGCCCUGAGCUCUUGGUCGAUGACACUCUGUACGACUACGCGCUGGACAUGUGGAGCUUAGGCUGCAUGCUGGCCGGCAUCACCUUCCGCAAAGAGCCGUUCUUUGCGGGCGCUGACAAUGUGGACCAACUCUACAAAAUUGCAAAGGUUCUGGGCACAGACCUCCUUGAGGAGUACCUGGAUGCCUACGACUUAGAGCUAGAGCUGGAGGUUGAGCAGCGCCUCGGGAAGCUACCUCGCAAGCAGUGGUCCUCCUUCAAGACCAAGGAGAAUGCGGAGCGCUGCACGCCGGAGGCCCUCGAACUCAUCGACAAGAUGCUGCGAUAUGACCCAGCGGCGCGCAUCCUCCCCAAGGAGGCAAUGUCACACGCCUACUUCGAGGAGGUUAGGAAGCAGAAGUGAGUCCAGGAGCUUCCACUCCAAAGAACGGAAUCGCCAUCGUAUGUUGGGCUUCGUGUCUUUUUUCCUAUUCUUUUUCGUUGUAGGCUUUCAUCAACAAAC